AUGGCUCAGAAGAGCCCUGCAGGCAACGGCCCGAGCUUCCCCUACAAGGACCUGGUGUCCGAGGUGGCCAGACGCAGGUUCACCAUGACCACCAGAGAAGAGAUGCUUACCAAGGAAGGUGAGGAAGCCCUGGUGAGGAAGCCAAAGGGUUUGGAUCAAGUCCCUGUCCCUGACAUGGCCGACCCCCCAAUCCCCCCAGCCCCACCUCCCUCUCCAGCUGAGGACCUCGAAGUCUCCUAG